AGUCAGUCAGUCGGGGGAGCUUUCAGCAUGCCAGGCUGCAGAAGGGAGCUGAGCUCCUGCACGGUGGCGGACACGCAGCGGCAGCAGCCAGAGGGGAUGCUAUUGCCUUCUGUGCUCCCGGGAAGCAGCAGCUCCGCAGCCCAACCCAGAGCUGCCUAAGAGAAGUAACUGCGGGGCUAUGGAAUACAGAUGUGGUCGCUCAGCUAGGAGAAGCUGGCCCAGAGGAAGACAGCAUGUUCUGCUCUAAGGAGAAACUGUAGAAGCCAGUUGUGGUUAGGGGAGGUUUGGGUGGGUGGUGUUUUUUUUUUCUUUCAUUCUAUCCCCCUCCUCCCCAAAGUGUAAAAAUGCAAAAACGUAACAUUCAUGAAGAUCCCAUUACCUAGGAGGAAUCUCGACUUCGGCAGCAGAUGCCCACUUGGCAUUUAUUUGUUCUUGGAGGGUUUUGCCUGGCAGGCAAAGAAUAAUGUGCCCAAAUUGGUCCAUCUCCCAAGGGGUCCAAUUUUUCUUCCUGGGUGUCAGCGAGCCCUGACUCACGACAGUGCAGCUGACAGGGGCUGUCAUGCUAGAGGUACCCUAAGCCAAAGCAAAGGACCUAAGGAAGACCUGUGAACAACACAAAGGAUGGGUUUCAAUGUAAUUAGGCUACUGAGCGGAUCAGCUGUAGCCCUGGUAAUAGCCCCCACUGUGUUACUGACAAUGCUCUCUUCUGCUGAACGAGGAUGCCCUAAGGGCUGUAGGUGUGAAGGCAAAAUGGUAUAUUGUGAAUCUCAGAAAUUACAGGAGAUACCCUCAAGUAUAUCUGCUGGCUGUUUAGGUCUAUCCCUUCGCUAUAACAGCCUUCAGAAACUUAAAUAUAACCAGUUCAAAGGUCUCAAUCAGCUCACCUGGCUGUACCUAGACCACAACCAUAUCAGCAAUAUAGACGAGAAUGCUUUUAAUGGCAUACGCAGACUCAAAGAGUUGAUUCUGAGUUCCAAUCGCAUCUCCUAUUUUCUUAACAAUACCUUCAGACCUGUGACCAAUUUACGGAACUUGGACCUGUCCUAUAACCAGCUGCAGUCUCUGGGAUCAGAACAAUUCCGGGGCUUGCGGAAGCUGCUGAGUUUACAUUUGCGGUCCAACUCGCUCAGAACCAUCCCUGUGAGGAUAUUCCAAGACUGUCGCAACCUGGAACUCUUGGACCUGGGCUACAACAGGAUCCGAAGCCUGGCUAGGAAUGUCUUUGCAGGCAUGAUCCGCCUGAAAGAACUUCACCUGGAGCAUAAUCAGUUUUCCAAGCUCAACUUGGCACUGUUCCCUAGGCUAGUCAGCCUGCAGAACCUGUACUUACAAUGGAAUAAAAUCAGUGUCAUAGGGCAAACCAUGUCCUGGACCUGGAGCUCCUUGCAGAGGCUGGAUUUGUCAGGGAAUGAAAUCGAAGCCUUCAGUGGACCCAGCGUUUUCCAAUGUGUCCCCAAUUUGCAACGCCUCAACCUGGAUUCCAAUAAGUUGACAUUUAUUGGGCAAGAGAUUUUAGAUUCUUGGAUAUCCCUCAAUGACAUUAGCCUAGCCGGAAAUAUAUGGGAAUGCAGCAGGAAUAUUUGCUCCCUGGUCAACUGGCUGAAAAGUUUCAAAGGACUGAGGGAAAAUACCAUCAUCUGUGCCAGCCCCAAAGAGCUACAAGGGGUGAAUGUGAUUGACGCCGUGAAAAAUUAUAGCAUCUGUGGCAAAAGUACCACAGAGAGGUUCGAGCUGGCCAGGGCUCUGCCCAAACCCACCUUCAAACCCAAGUUGCCCAGGCCCAAGCAUGAGAGCAAGCCCCCUGUCCCCCCCACAGUGGGGGCCACUGAGCCAGGCCCAGAGACCGACCCAGAGGACACGGAACACAUAUCUUUCCACAAGAUCAUCGCUGGCAGCGUGGCCCUGUUCCUAUCCGUCCUAGUGAUCCUGCUGGUGAUCUAUGUGUCCUGGAAGCGGUACCCCGCCAGCAUGAAGCAGCUGCAGCAGCGUUCGCUCAUGCGGAGGCACAGGAAAAAGAAAAGGCAGUCCCUCAAACAGAUGACCCCCAGCACCCAGGAAUUCUAUGUUGAUUACAAGCCCACCAACACAGAGACCAGUGAGAUGCUGCUCAAUGGGACAGGACCCUGCACAUAUAGCAAGUCGGGCUCCAGGGAGUGUGAGGUAUGA